GGUGCUGAAACAAAUGAAAUAGAGUCAGUGCCAGUGAUGGAGGGAGAUUCUGUCACUUUAUACAUUGAUGUUCCUGAAAUACAGAAAAACAAAAGUAUGCUGUGGAAAUAUGGAGCUGAAAAGUACACUAUAGCUGAAAUCAAUAGAAAGUAUGAAUUGUUCUUCACAUAUGAUGGUACUGAUGGGAGAUUCAAAGACAGACUGAAGCUGGACAAACAAACUGGAUCUCUGAUCAUCACAAACAUCACAACUGAACAUGCUGGAGUUUAUCAACUAGAGAUAACUGAAGCGAGAACAACAUCAAAAUCAUUCAAUGUUUCUGUCUAUGCUCGUCUGCCUGUUCCUGUCAUCAGCAGUAACUCUUCACAAUGUUCAUCAUCCUCUUCAUCAUCAUCAUCAUCAUCACAGCAGAAUUGUUCACUGGUGUGUUCAGUGGUGAAUGUGAGUCAUGUGACUCUCUCCUGGUACAAAGGAAGCAGUUUAUUGUCCAGCAUCAGUGUGUCUGAUCUCAGCAUCAGUCUCUCUCUACCUCUGGAGGUGGAAUAUCAGGAUAAAAACAGCUACAGCUGUGUGCUCAACAAUCCCAUCAGCAACCAGACUCAACAUCUGGACAUCACUCAACUUUGUCACACAUGUGCAGGUGAAGGCCUACCUUUAUUUCUCAUAGUGCUGAUCUCUGCGGCUGCGUCUAGUUUUCUGUUGAUUGUAGCUGCAGUCAUUAGGAUCUUCUGGACCUGCAAGAAAUGUCGAAAAAACGUCCAGAUACAGAAGGAAGACAGAAGUGAUUCAGCAUUGUGUAAACCAAAAACACGACAAAAGAAAUCGAAGGAGGAGGCUCUGUAUGAAAAUGUUCCCAAAAAACGAUGA